CAUGAGACAUUUCCAGGUUCAGCCCAAUAGAGUGACUUAGAUAAAAAUGAAAAAAAUGGUAGAAAGACCAAAGAUUCUCUUGUUAAACCCUCCUUACGCCCUUUGGUAUUCAUUCAUCAAUGGCAAUGGCAAUGGCUCGUCGAUUAGUUAGACCAUUAGGUGGAAUAGCCAAUAGGGUUUUUCUUCUUCAGCAGCAGAAAACGCAUCCAUUCAUAUUCAACAAUUUGAAUAGAAAUUACAUGUCGGAGAUGCGUAGGGAAGCAUUUGAAGAGAACAUUCUCAGACUCCUACGCUACGAAAUUCGCUAUGAGCUUGAACGUUCUCCUCCAACUCAGCCUAUCGCAAAAUUUGAUUCAUUUACCAUUGAUGAACGGCCUGGAGAGCAAUGGAUUAAAUUAAACAAAAAAUUUGGAGAGAAUGAAGAUAUUAAAGUUGAAGUUACCAUGUUUGAUGCAUCUAUUCCUGUUAAAAAAGGUGGCGAUGUAUCUGCAGCAGAUGACGUGCUACUUCACAUGACUAUGAUUGUCAAUGUUCACAAAGGAGAAGGCAAUGAUGUGCUCGAGUUUGUUUGUUCUGCAUGGCCAAACAGCGUUGAGAUUUGUAAAGUUUACAUGCGUGGACAGAAUGGCAUAGUGGAUCAGCCUUAUGUAGGCCCUCCAUUUAAUUUGGUUGGUCUUCUUUUUCAACUUGUAAUUUGCAGGGAAUUGGAUGAUGAGCUGCAGAAUUCUUUAUAUGAUUUCCUAGAGACCAGGGGAAUAAACGAUGAACUAUGUGUAUUUUUACAUCAAUACAUGAAGAACAAAGAUAAGCUUGAGUUUAUUCGCUGGAUGGAGAAGGCCAAAGCGUUCAUAGAGCGGAAAUAGAGAUAGUGGUUGCAUUUCUCUUACGAGUGCUGUCUUGCUGACUUGCUUGCGGACCAUGCUUUUGAUGUCAUUGCCUGUGAGAAGUUUUACUUGCAGGUUUAGAAUGUGAAAGAAACACUUUUUAGCUCAAUUGGAAUUCUGUCCAUACUAAUUUAUUUGUCUUGUCAAGGUUUCCUACUAUAUCAGGAACAAAUCAGCCUUACCAAGAAGUCGUGCAGUAACAUUACUGAUUAGUUGUACUCUGUGAAGAUCAAAAAUCAUCACCCAUUCUUCAAUCACAAAUUUGGGCUGCAUCUUAGCAAAGUGUACACCUGGGCUUUGCUAUGAAGUCUAUGCAUUUGGCAUAAUAGGUCUCUCCUUUACCUCAACCUCUCUGCCACACACUUUUACUUGAACUUUUCAAGCUGCUAUACGUUGACCUUUUACACAGAUUUUGUUGGUGCAUAGAGAGUUUACAGUAAUGUCAAAUUUGUAAGGAACAACAUCGUACUGUGUAUUUUUUAUCUACUUCAGUAGCAAUAGCAAUUUAGCUUGUUCAAUUUUGAGCAAGCGUCCUCUUUCGACUCGCGGAGUUUUCAUUGUAACCAUGUCCUGAUAUGGGCGUUGAUAUGGGCGUUGUUUCUUACUGUUUCAAGAACCAACCAUCCAGUUAAAGGUAAAUUAUAUUUGGUUACACCAUCUUAUUUUUGUAUGUCCGUCCUCUUUUGUUAUUUUUUUUCGGGAAAUUGUUUUGCUGCUUUUCUGAAUUUCUUGGUGUAGACUUUCACAGUUUAUGCGACAAUUACCGAACAUCUUCAAUCAAAUAUUUUGUGAUGCCGCAUAAGUGCUUCCUUCCAGCUGUCUUCCGACUUUACUGUCUGUUAGUAACUUGGUAUAACCAAAGAUGCUUUUAACUUUUAUUGGUGGUAGAUGUCAGCAUUGACUGAAGAUGCAUUAAGAUAUACUAUCAUAAUUUCUCACUGAUAUUUAUCUAGUCAGAUAGACUGUCUUUUCCUUGAUUGAGAAGAUUAGGUAUGUUACAUAACACUUGUCUUCAUCUGACUUUGGGUGCUUGUUUUAGUGGACUCUUGCACUCAUGUUUGUGUUGUGUAUUUGUAAGAUAAUGUAGUAGGUAUUGUAACUAUUUCUGUCUAUGUCAACUCUCUUUUUUUAGAAUUCUUAUUGAAAAACAAACACUAUUGUGCUUUUAUUUAGAACCCUUCUACUGUCCAUAUCAUGCCUGAGAAGCUUCAUUGAUCUAUGUUAUUCAUGUCAUGCAUGUAAUAUGUUUUGGCUCAACUUCACUUUAGUUUUUGCUAGACUUAUGUCCUUGAACUGAAAAAAAAGGACAGCCCGGUGCAUUAAAGCUCCACAAUGUGUGGGGUCUGGUGAAGGGCAGGACCACAAGGGUCUAUUAUAUGCAGCCCCUUGUGGUCCUUGAACUAAAGAAUUUUCUAUUUAUGAAAGAUGUAUUUAUUAUUAGAUUUGUGUCCUAUGUUCUCUCUUUCACGUAUGUUCGUAAAUUAUGGUAUGCCCUUAUAUUUAUGUAGAGCUGGACUGCUUGGUCAAGGUAAAGGUACUGAGUGUCGGUCCGCCCCACCAAGGUGUAGGACAUGACGAACGUGGUAUCAGAGCCUAAGUCCGUGCGUCCCGGGAAGUUUGUGAAGUGUCUAGUAGCGUAAUACUUAAAGGUGUGUUGAUGUACUUACAGCUAUAUGUAGAAGAGGCCUUAUUUUGUUUGUAAGUUUAGGUUGUGAUUCUACUUCAGAUAUUUCUUACUGUUUUGCCGCGUCCCAUUCACAGUGAAUUAGGCCCUACUCAUUGGUUCAACAGCUGAUAAAAGACUUUUUGAUGAUCUAAUCCAUAUCCAGCAGUGGGUAAGAUGGAAUUGUUCAUCUUUUUCCUGGUAGUAUUGCUUGUUCCUACACACAUCAUGUUUCUACCACUACCUACACCUUUGCUGUAUGUUGAAUUUCAUGGUUUAAAAUGGUCAAAGCUUCGUAAUAGCGGAAGCUUCUGUUGCGUUAUGAUGGACAGCCAGUCUUGAAUAUGUAUCCCUCUGUGUUCACUUUUUUAUCAUUUUACUUGUCCACUUUAGCAUA